CCGAUCUUUGUUUAAAUGCGAGGCGCGUUUGAAUCAUCCGCCGCUGGCGCCACCGCGCUGCCGAUCAAGCUGCUGUAUUAAACAAGUUUUGAGUCCGCAAUUUCAUCACAGAGCGUUGAUUAGCCGUCAGAUCACAAAUCAGUAAGUACGUCGUUAUUUGUGAAUAUUUGCGAAUAGUUUGUGCUAUAUCACAAAUAAAAUUUUGUUUUUGUACAAAUAAGCUCAUUUACAUUGAAUCAAUUAUAAAUAUGUCAACAAUCAGAGGCAAGCUUUGAAGUUGUGGGCCUAAUAAAUAGUUUCGGCUGUCCGACAUUUUCUACUCGAACGAAUUUAGCCGAUAGCUGAGGGUCUUUUGAACUAUAGGAAGUUGUUUUUGGUAUCACAAAACAAAAGAGUCUUAAGUCCAAAUGGGAUUCCUGUAAUCUCCGUUAAGGCAAUACCCCCAAAAACCUAAGUCAACCUAAUUAGAAACUCACUAUACUCCUCCAAAAGUUAAAAGAUAUGUAUGAGCAAAGGUGAACUUUUCCGUUUAUUUUCAGUAGCCUUAACUAUUGCGCGACAUUGUCCCAAACACCACUGUUCCAUCUAUUCUCCUACCCAAAUGAUCCACCCCUGCGCUUUAAUCAUAAUAAUAAUAAUAAUAGCGAAAAUGUUUACCCACAGGAAUCUCAUAUAUCUUACGCCAAGGUUGUUCGCCAAGUUAUAACUCUCUAAGAUAUUCCGCGAUCGUCUUGCGUCGGGCUGCGAACCCUCAUCAGUCGACAGUCGCACAAAGUCACUCGACUUCUGCGACUGCCAUUAUCUAUUUAAGAACCUAAUCAAAAUGAUAGACAGCUGUCGCACACCAGCCACGAGCGUACUCGUGUUUGUUUACUUCGGCGCCCGGCUUCUUCUUGACGCUAUAAAAGCAUGCUACGCGACUCGAUGCGCAGUUAGUGCUCAAGCUCAGCUUAUAAUGUAUACAUCUAAUUUAAGUUACAUACUCACUUGGAAGAUGGUUAUAUUUACUUUGUUCGUUCUGAAUUUCACAAUAAGUCUGACGCUUGUGCUUUUUGCCAGCGUUGUGGCUUUGCUUACGGCGAUGACCUACUUAUUCUGGCGUCGCAUGAAUUACUGGCAGGAACAUGGCAUACCACACGACAAGCCCAGCUAUUUGUAUGGUAGUUUUCGUGGUUUGACCAAGCUAUAUGGCUUCUCGGAGAUCAUACGUUCAAUGUACCAGCGUUAUAAGCACACUGGUCCUUUCUGCGGCUAUUAUUUUUUUCAACGCCCCGCUGUGAUGGUAUUGGACACAGAGCUUGUGAAAAAUAUUCUAAUUAAGGACUUCUCAAACUUCAGUGAUCGUGGUUUAUUCCAUAAUGAGAAAGACGAUCCCUUAACGGGUCAUCUGUUUUUCGUCGAUGGCAAAAAAUGGCAUGUGUUGCAUGGUAAACUCUCAUCGACGUUUACCGAGCGCAAAGUGCGUGGCAUGUUUCCGUGUGUGCGCGAUAUCGCACAGCAAAUGAUCAGCACACUUGAUCAGCUGAUUGAGCGCAACCAAAAUGUUGAAGUCAAAGAGCUGAUGGGUCGUUACACCACCGAUGUGAUUGGCAAAUGUGCUUUGGGCAUUGAAUGCAAUAGUCUGGCGAAUCCAAAUGCUGAGUGUCGUGCAAUUGGGCGACGCAUCUUCACCGACCGGCGUCAUGGUCUCUUAGUGUCUGGCCUUAUACAAGGGUUCCCGCAAUUGGCGCAAAAGCUGCAUAUGGCUACAAUACAUCCGGACAUAGAGAAGUUCUUCAUGCGUUUGGUGCGCGAGAAUGUGGAAUAUCGUGAGAAGUACAAUGUGCAUGGUAAUGACUUCAUGGAAUUACUGAUGGAGCUGAAUAAGGGCGGUAAAUUAAGGUAUGAUAAAAAUGAUGAAUUUAAGGGUCUGACUGUGGAGGAGAUGACAGCGCAAGCGUUUUUCUUCUUUGCUGCAGGUUCCGAAAAGUCAUCAUCGACGCUCUCCUUUACUCUGUAUGAGCUGGCUAUGCAACCCGAGCUGCAGGACCGCCUGCGUUGCGAAAUCAAUGAGACGCUGUGUCAACACGACAACGAAUUGUGCUUUGAGUCCCUAAACGAGAUGGCAUAUAUGAAGCAGGUGAUAGCAGAAACUUUACGUAAGUACCCGAUAUUACCACAUCUGGCGCGUCAAGCUUUGCACGAUUAUGUCGUACCCGGCCAUCCAAAGUACGUUAUACCGGCUGGCACAUUAGUCACUAUACCCGUGGUUGGCAUACAUUAUGAUCCCGACAUAUAUCCCGAUCCAGAAAGAUUCGAUCCAGAGCGCUUCACACCGGAGCUGGUAAAAGCUCGUAACAAGGUUGAGUGGUUACCCUUUGGCGAUGGGCCGCGCAAAUGUAUUGGCUUUCGCUUCGGUCAUAUGGAAAUUCGCGUCGCUCUGACAUUUUUGCUGCAAAAGUAUCGUUUCUCACUGAGCGCACAAACCGUUAUGCCGGUAGAGGUUAGCAAAUCUUUUUCCAUUAUACCCAGAAACGGCAUCUUUUUGAAAGUGGAACGCAUUUAGUGCGAUAUGUUAGUUUUGUGUGCUGUUUUAUAGUUGUUAGCAUUUAAGUUUACAAAAACGUCUUUGGAAAAGUAGUUUUAUAUUUUUCUUAAAAAACGUUUUUUGACCAAAAUAAGUUUAUUUAUCAUGAACUUAAGUACAUCUUCCUAAUACCUGUACGAGGUAAUUAUAAUUGUGUAUUAUAUACACCUUUGCAAAUUUACAGUCUGUGUACGAAAAAUAAGUACAAAAUAUUAACGGUAAAUGUGAUACUAUUGCUUAAAAAUUGUUGAAAACUUUGAGUAAUUUAUUUAAUUUAACUUCUCCUGACUUUUAUUAAAUCCGCGACUGCCAGUGUGUUUGUGGUUUCUUAAGACUUUGAGGUUUUCUUCAAUCUCUUAGCCACAAAUUCGUAUUUGGAUUUGGAUUUUAAUGAAGUUUGUUGUUAAAUAUAAACUUUUUGGUUGAUCAACACCAUAUUUUAUUCA